AUGGUUUCUAACAUCAUCACGAUCUUGGCAUUCGCCUCUGCUGUUGCAGCACAUCCCCAACGUCAUAGACCAUGGCAACAUUGGGGAACAGACAGACUAUCUGCUGCUGCUGCUGGCCCCACAGCUCCUGCAUCCCCAAGCAAUGGAACAAACUUUGGCGGUGCUCCAGUUGAUGCACCGUCAGCAACAAAUGUCAGAACUAUCACCGUAAACCCAGUUCCUGUCGAAUCGUCAGGUACCGGCUCGGGCAACGACUUCUCCAGUGUUUCUGUGCCCAUUGCUGCCGCUGCUGGUGAAGGAGACUCUUCAACCUGCAUAACAUCAACCCUGACAUCCACUACUGUCGAAGUCGUCACAUUCACCGCACAACUCGCUCCACAACAGACUGCACCUUCCAAUGAAGGCAAUGGGGUCGGACAACUUGCUCCGGAAACUUCAGUCAGCCUGGAGGCUUCUUCUGUUGCAGCUGGUGCUUUCUAUAAUCGACCGACCUGGGGUGGUGAGAACACCUAUUCCUAUGGAGGUGUUCCCUCUUCUGCUCCAGCAGUUAUCCAAACAACCUUUGCUACUGCUGUCAGCUCGGCUCCUCCAGCAGUUGGAUCCUCCGCUGCUCCAAUUUCAAGCUCAGUCCCCAGCACAGGUGGCGGAGGUGGUGGCGCACCAAGUGGUGGCAAGAAGGGCUUGUCUUAUAAUGAUGCGUCCUUGACCAACGCCUUUGCUGGAAAGGGUAUCAGCUGGGUCUAUAACUGGGCUCCUGCUCCCGGCGGCGCUAUUGUCUCUGGUGCCGAGUUCGUACCAAUGUUAUGGGGACAAGACGGUGUAGGCGCAUGGCCUGCAGCCGCAGCAGCGGCGAUCGCCAGCGGUUCCAAGCAUGUUCUCUCCUUCAACGAGCCUGAUCAUGCAGAACAGGCAAAUAUGGAUCCCGAAAGUGCAGCCCAGUCUCACAUUGCAAACAUGAAUCCACUCGCUGGCCAGGUCGCCAUUGGCUCGCCCGCUGUUACUAACGGCGCUGGAACUAACCCUCUAAUGGGUAUUGACUGGCUCAGAGCAUGGUUUGAAGCUUGUAACGGUCAAUGCAAGGUUGACUUCGUCGCAUUCCACUGGUACGACUCCGCAAGCAACAUGGCUUAUUUCAAGCAGCACGUGCAAGACGUGAUCACCCUUGCUGCAGAGAACGGCGUGAGCAAGGUAUGGUUGACAGAGUACGGCGCCACGGGAUCCGACAGCGACGUUGCAUCUUUCAUCUCCGAGUCCGUCAGCUUUCUCGAGAGUACGUCUGCUGUCGAGGCAUAUGCCUACUUUAUGACCAGUAAUGGCAUUCUAGUGAACGGCAACUCGCUCUCGUCGCUAGGUACGGCAUAUGCUUCCUAA